UUAUCCUACGCAUUUAUUCAACAACCUUGUAAAUAUAAUUAUUAAAAAACCAGAACAAAGAAGCCAAGCUAAAUUGCGACACUCUCUGCCACUGGUUGACUUUUACCUUUACCUGCUGUGGUUUCCCUCGCAGGAACUACCAAAACAGGCAAAAUGAGCCAUCGUACAUUUAACGUGGGUUUUUAAAUGCAAUCAAUUUUGCACCCAACUAGUGUAGAAAAGGCAGUUGUGCGUUAAGAAAGCGGUUUUCUUUUGUAAAAUCGAGUCCCAUAGGACAGACGUCGUGACCUGAAAUGUUGUUGUAAACGUCGGGAAAUCGGGGCAACGUUGGAAAAUCGAUAAAGUGAAGUGAAAAGUAAGUUUUCCACACACAGACACGCUGUGUGUUUUGGGUUUCAAACCAUGGACCAUUUCAAUGGUAGUUUACGAUAAAUAAAUUCAAAAGUUUGAUUUAAAGUGCAAGAAAUAAAAUGAGGUGGCUUUGGGAAAAUAAACACAACUACAAAAUGUCUGGAGCCGUCUACCAACCAACAACAGUGCAAUACGAGUCGAAUGGACCGCCGGAUCGCUGGCAAGACAGGCCGAUAUCGUAUUUAGGCUCGAUUUCGCAAACAGCUCGCCGGCCCUGUAUGUCUUGUAUGCCGUCUCGGAACGUUUUACCAUUGGUUUUGAUUACUUCUUGCGUUGCUUGCUUUUCACUUGGAUUGGUGAUGCUUAUAAACGGAGCUCUGGGCUAUUCGGAAACCACUGACCAAAAAGCCGACAUCUACUUAAUUGUAACAAUUUUCGGUGCAUUAUUCUUCGCAUUGUCAAUUCUUCUUUUCAUGUUCUUUAUGAGAAUAACCAGAAGAAUGUGUUGGCGCAACGUCAAAGACCACAUGGGCACAUCCAGCGGACAAAACUUAACAAUCAAUCCUUCGACGGAUUUAUUGGUCACGGCACAAUACGCUCCAGUGUCUGAGGUGGUUUACGAACCCAAUAAAAUUGAAGAUUCGGAACAGUGCAAGUUGAUGCCUCAAGAUCAUAAGGGAAUAAGUAAUGAAGAUGCUGAUAGGAUGGUUGAAAAUGAUCCCAGGAUUGUGCUGUGUCCGUUAAAUGCUGUGGCUAAUGAGGAAAUUUAAAAAAAUAAUAAUCACAUAGGUAGCUAUUGUUUUUAGUACUUAUUGGUAAGUAUCUUCAAAAAUACAAUACGUUUGUGACUUUGGAUCUCAAGGCUGUAACGUAUUACUUAAGUAGCAGCUAUUAGUUUUUUUUCUACAAACUUUGCUAUGUCCAUUGCGCUAUUUUAUUGUCAAUUUUAAAUGUUCUUGUGCAAAAAAAUGUAGAUAGAAGGAUUUACCUAUCACAUCUAAGAUUUUAUUGUAAAUUCAAAACUCAUCCUAUAUAUUCUACAAUAUUUAAUAAUGUAGAUUUCCAUCUAUUUUUCAUACAUAUAAUGUCUUUAGAAUAGAUUAUAAUUAAAGUACUAGAUAGCUCUAUGAAAAUCGGAAAAAUAAUUAGUUGCUACAACAAAACCAUUUUCGAAUUCAUAGACAAGAGCUAUCUAGGGCUUUUAAUAAAAUAUAGAGGCCAGACAUCAUCAAGUUACCUUUAUCUUGUGGCCAAAAGCUGUUUUAAUCAAAAAUUAUCAUCUAUAAGUAUGACUAAGCUAGAGAAUAUUCUUCAAUUAUUGUUUAUUUUUAAUUAUAAUUGCUUGUAGCUUUAAUCAAAUCGAAUACAUUCCAAGAAAACUUAUUUUAGACUAAGUAGAGUUGAGGCACAAAAAUGUAUUAUUAAUUAUUAGAAUCUCAACCAGCUAUUUUCUAAUGAUUUUUGUUCCUGGUUAAUUUAUAUACCUUAUUUUUUUUUAUUGGCUCAGUUGCCUGCUGUUGUGAGAAACGAGAUUACUUAUUUAAUUUUAUUAAUAUUUUUGUGUACGAAAUAAAUAAAAUUUAAUUUGUUUAAUUUUGUCUACGAAAUGAAACCCAGAAUUUUUAGUCCCAACAAUUUAUUAAAAACAUUCAUUUGAUCUUCCAGCCAAAUAUACAUAUUAUUGGCAAGCAAAAACUUAUAAGACUAUAAUUUUUUACUUGGCAAUAGUAUUCAUGGAAAAAAAAAAUACUCAAUACAUAAUUAAAUUCAGUCACAUUCACAUAAUAAGAAAUAAGAACAAUCAGCAAUUAUCUCUGGUUGCUUUAUAUCCUAUCGUAAGUUUCAGCAGUUGAAGUAGAACUCGGGCGACAGCCGCUCAAAACAUAUAUUAGCCCGUCCUAAAAUACAAAACAUUAAAUACAAACAAAUAAUUUAAAAGUGAUUCUUACUUUCAUAAGGCCAGGUAAGGACAUCCAAAAAUCAAAAUUUGGUAUCACUUCGAUUCCUCUAGCUCCUCGUACGAAGUACAUCAAAAGGCCUCCGCCGAAGAAAUAAAUAAUCGCAGUUACGAAGAAUAUUAUACAAAAUAUUGUUCCGGAACUGUAUUCAUGGUGGGCGAUGUGUUGUAGGCAAACUAAAGGUGAAUACAAUACCAAU